AUGAAGUUUUCCCUUUCAGCUGCUUUCAUUGGCAUUCUCGCGUUGUCUUCCCUUGCGGAGGCGGAUCACGUUAGGUCUCGUAACGACGACACGGAUACUACCGUUGAAGCAAAGGGAAAGAAGGCAAAUGGAGUGUACAGGAGAAGCGGAGGAGAAGGUCCUCGUGAGAGAAGCUUUGUGGGAACUCCUGAGGAAAGGAGUUCUGAACCUAAGAUCCAAUCUCGUAUCGUUGGAGGAAAUGCUGUUAGUGGCGGAGAGUUUCCCUACUUUGUGAGCGCACUCACUGGCGGAGGACAAUGCGGAGCGUCCUUGAUCGGUCCCCAAGUGGUGUUGACCGCAGCCCAUUGCAAGCCCAACAACUAUGUUGGCAAAGAAGUCUACAUUGGCGCUGUUCUUCCAGACGAUGAUCAACAAGCCCAGGUUGGGAUUGUGGAAUCUGUACUCGCACACCCGGGUUUCAAAGAAGAGACGGGAGACCUAUGGGAUAUCAUGUUGCUGAAGCUGAAGUCACCUGUCUAUGUCGACACGGACAUCACGUUGGAAUUGGCUGAAUCUGUUCCAAAUCCCGGAGAUAUCCUCACAGUUGUCGGUGGAGGAACACUCUGGGAUACAGACAAUCCUGAGCACGUGGCCCAGAAAAUUCGGAAGGUGAAUAUCGUUGCCAUUUCGGAUUCUCAAUGUAACUCCCCAGACUGGUACGAUGGUGGGGUAUCAUACCCCACUAACUUUUGCGCCGGUGCUGACGGAGCUGGUCACUGCGGCGGCGACUCUGGAGGUCCUAUUAUGAAAGUUCAUGGAAAGACUCAAGUUCAAGUUGGCGUUGUCGCUUCCAGCGGCUUCUGUGGAGGUGCGACCAGUCCUGGAGUCUAUGCCAGUACCAGCAGUGCAUAUGGGUGGAUGAAAAAGACCAUCUGCGAUGAAUGGAACUUGGAUUCUGUCGUAUGUGAUGGUGCUGGCUCUGGCUCUAAUGGAGGAAGUGAUGGAGGACAAACUGUUCAAGAAGAGCCUAUUGACGAAGCACCUGCUGGUGGUGCUGACUGCGUUGCAGAUGACGAUGCCAGUUGGAAAGAUAUGGAUGGUUUCACUUGCAUCCAGUACACAGAAGAAGAUUGCAACAACGCCGCUGACUAUGUUGAAGAAGGGCAAGAUGAUGCAUCGGAUGUGUGCUGCUACUGCCAAGAACAGUUGCGUUAA